AUGCUGGCCGCUCCAUCCAACAAUCCGGUCCGCCGACUCUCCUCUCUCUUCUCCCUGGGCUCGCCAAAGCCCGACGAGAAACGCUCCUCCUCUGCCAAAUCCUCCCAGGCAACAGCCGCCUCGUCCCGCUCUUCAUCAACAAACUCUUCACCCCUCCAGGCCCAGCAUAGCCAGCACCAGCAGCAUCAACAUCACCUGUCCGAGCAGACUCAUAUAUCAACGCUGAAUCCUCGAAACGUCUCUGCUCCAGUACCGGGUGAGCAUGCAUAUCAAACCUACACGCCUCCUCCACGCCUAUCCAGCCUGAACCCAGACUUAGCAAGCCCGCAGUCACCAGAUGCGCAUCGUCGUCGCCAGAGCUGGAGCGAUGCCAUACCCCGUUUCGGCACGGCUGUGAAUAGACCUGGCUCACGAUCGGGCCCGGGACUCGGAGUUUCAGGAGUUAACAUGAAUCCUACCCCUGCUGCAGUAGGGAAAGCGAGAAAUUGGGCGCCAACCAAGUCGAAAAUGGGCGCGGACGCUUCAAACGCUGGAAAGCGGGCUUGGAUCGCUGGAACUGAUAACGAUCUGGCAUACGAUAUCAGUACCUUACUGGCAGGAGAGAGGGUAACUGAACUCUGGGAUGACGCCGGAGAUACAUACGUCUACCUCUUCCCGCAAGUUACCGGCCGCCCGGCCUCCUUCAAAGUCGACUCCUCCAUCUUCUCUGCAUCAGCAUCCCUCACCAUCCUCGCCCGCGGGUCCGCCAACCCGUCUCCUCCCCAGUCCACACGCGGUGGCCGACAGGGCCUCCAAUCUCACAACCCUAGCUCCGCCACUCCUCCUCUCUCGACACGGAACGGAUCUACCUACGACGAUGGUUCGGAUGGGCAGACUUCCCAGGAUGGCUUCCUCGAUGACGACGCACAGGAACUACAUCUCUACCUUCCCGUACCCCUCAACAGCGAUCUGUCCUCUGGGCCAGAACCGCCUGUCCUCGCUGACGAUGACAUGGACAUGCUAGUCCUUUUCCGUAACCUGUUUGCCUUCCUCAUCGGCCAGGCGUUGAUCGCUACACCUCGCUCGCCAUCUAUAUUCGCCAUCUUCAUAGAGGUGUCCGGUCUGCUGGAUCGGUUUGGGUUUACAAAUCUAGACCAGUCGACGUUUGGAGAGACUGCUACGACCAGCUUCGGAUGCUACUGCGACGAACUGGAUUUGAUCGAUGUGCGUGCGUCGAAGGAGCGGGCGUUGGAUGCCAUCAUCCUCGGUGAACGGAUGAGGUACCUUCCUCUGUACCAGGAAGGAUUCACACAUGGCGUCGCCGUGCUGGACGAUAUGAAGAAAUACGAAGCAAAGUUCAAGGCCGUUUCGCCCGUGACCAAGAAGAGGCUGGAGCGAGGAUAUUUAGAUCUGGACAACCGGAUAAAGACCUGCGCUGCCAAACUCGAGGACUUUGACUUUCCUUCCUUGUUCGCCGGUAUUGCAAACUCGAACAUCGCCAACGAAGCUAAAGUCAUUAGCUUCAAGAACUGGAAGAACGCGUAUAUAGGCUACCGAAAGAAUGUCAUGACCUACUAUCGUGCCCGCUUCGGUUCAUGGCCGCCCAAGGCUGGAUCAAAGAAGAACCAGUUCCAAGAAAGCGGCCUCAACCGCCUGGUCCUUCGCGAACUCUACCAGGACGUCUGCGACCUCUACGACAUGCUCGUCGACCGCAACCACCUCACCACCCGCUCCGCUGAUAUGACGACCUCCGUCCUCAAGGCCGAAGACGCAAACUCCACCUCCCAGGCUCUCCGGCAGGUUAUGUCCGAAUACGAUCGUGCCACACCGCCAGUCCAACCGCCUAUCCCCUUCGACAUUCCUCUCUUGCCAUCCAUACACUCGAUACGUCGUAAACUAGACCCUAAACAGGAAUCCAAGGAACGCAGCAAACGGCUCUCAACCGGAGAAGUCAACGAAAUCCUCGUCUCAUGCUACAACCACACUAGCAUGAAACCUACCCCGUUCCUGGAGAACUUUAUGAAUUAUGAACGCCGUGUCGGUCAUGGUAAAUCCGCCGAUGAACUAGCGGAUAUGCGUUGUGGACAGUGGCUGUUCAUGUAUGCUGUCAUUCAGUCUUUGCCGAUGCUUGUCGUCGAUGCGCCGGAUCUCAGAUGUACACACGGCGUGGAAUAUUUCCUCUGCAUUCCACCACGCGGUGGGUCGCCAUGGUGUGCAUCUGACCCGAAGAGCGGCCCCGUCUCCGGUCCGGGCACUCCAAACGCCUAUCCAACACCCACUCAGGCUCAAAACUUCUAUCCAUUCCCUUACCCGCCGCCUCUCUCGUCUACCGGCUCCUCUUCCGAUCGCCAGCCCACACCGCUCCUCACCCCAGGCGACGUCACUCCCCCCAACAUUCCCAUGCUUCAUCUCCAACCGCCCAACUCGGCCUUUGCCCGCGGUGCUGGAAACCCAGGUAAUCGCUCGUCGAUAUACAUGGGCCUUGAAGCGCUGCCGUUACCUGCUGGCGUUGCCCCCAUUGACCCGUCGGGAAGGACAGUCAGCCACAACCCCAAUGCAAGCUUCGAUCAUAUACUGCAGGGAGUGACGCAACAAAAGAAGAAGAAGUGA